AUGAGUGACAAAGCCGACGCGACUGGAAGCCGAAAUGAAUCAUUUGGCCCAAUCUAUAUAAUCGACCCAACUGAAUCACACACUCAUACAGCUAUUCUCCUCCAUGGUCGAGGAAGCAAUGGUGAAGAGUUUGCACAAGAGCUCUUCGAAGAGACCUUGUUAUCAGAUCAGUCCAGCCUCGCUCAGAACCUACCCAGUUGGCGGUGGGUGUUUCCUUCUUCACGUGAGCUAUGGAGCACAGCUUUCCAAGAGGACAUGCCUGCGUGGUUUGAGGCUCAUUCUUUGACGGACAUCACGGCUCGGCAAGACCUUCAGAUGCCGGGCAUCAAGGAAUCGGUCAGCUACAUCAAGACGAUUAUAGAAAAUGAGAUUGAAAGACUUGGCGGAGAUGCAUCAAAAGUGGCUCUGGGAGGAACCAGUCAAGGUGCAGCAGUGGGAUUGUGGACAUUGCUUUGUCUGGACUCUACCGAGAGACCACUCUGUGCCUUUUUUGCUGCAAACACUUGGCUUCCCUUUGCUUCUAGCAUCGAGAGAUAUCUGUCACAGGAACCAACGCCAGCUAUGGACGCAGGAACUGAGUUUGUCGCUGGGAUGUGGGCUCAGUCGAAGGUCUCACUUCUUCAAUCUCGAGAAAGGCCUCCAUCAACGACCGUGUUCCUUGGCCAUGGGACCGACGAUGCAUAUGUUGAUGUCGAGCUGGGAAGAAGGGCGCGAGACAUCCUCAUUCAGGCUGGUUUUGCGGUUGAGUGGAGAGAAUAUCAGGGGGCAGAGCAAGAAGGACAUUGGUUCAAAGCACCGGAAGAAGUUGACGAUCUGCUCACCUUUCUUGUGAAGCACGUGGAAAAACCAUGA